AUGUACCUCCGAGCCGUUCACGCAGAAGAAGACAUCCCCACUCUUCGAAAUUUCAUCAAAGUAAACCCCCUCGGUAUUCUCACCACCGCUAUCGAUUCCCCCAACUACCCAUUUCUCCAAUCAUCCCACAUCCCGUUUAUUUUGGAUGUAGAAGAUGAGAACAGUCCAACUGAGCUAGGCGUUCUCCGGGGUCACAUGGCACGCGCGAACCCACAGAGUAAAGCUCUAAUCGAACAUCUCAGAGGUACUACCAGCCAUGGUACGGAUCCACGAAAACUGGAACGAGACGUCCUAGUUCUAUUCAACAACCCCACACACCACUACGUCACACCCAAGUUCUACAGCGAGACAAAGCCUACGACAGGUAAAGUCGUUCCGACCUGGAAUUACGCUGCCGUACAAGUGUAUGGCAAACUCUCGGUGUUCUUCGAAUCUGAUACGUCUACCGAUGAAUUCCUAUCGAAACAGAUAGAAGAUCUGACGAUAUCGGCGGAGAGGGGGAUUAUGAAGUAUGAUGAACCUUGGAGUGUAGGGGAUGCACCGAGAUCGUAUGUCGAUAUUUUGAAAAAGGCGAUUAUUGGGGUUGAAAUUGAGAUUGCGAGUAUGGGUGGGAAGUGGAAGAUGUCGCAGGAGAUGUCGGAAGGUGAUCGAGAGGGUGUGGUUGAAGGGUUUCGUGGGUUGGACAGUGAUGUGGGUGUGAGGAUUUCAGAGAUGGUGGAAGAGAGAGGGGGAAUUUCGGACAGAAAGAAGGAAGCGUUGAAGCGGGGUUGA